UCCUUUUUUCCUUCAAUACCCUUCAUUUCUCAAGGCAAAAAAAAGAGGGCGAGACGGGAGAGGCGGUGAUACAACAUGGAUGAGGAAUAUGAUGUGAUCGUUUUGGGCACCGGACUCACAGAAUGCAUCCUGUCUGGGAUCAUGUCUGUGAAUGGGAAAAAGGUUCUGCACAUGGACAGGAACCCAUACUAUGGAGGGGAGAGCUCUUCCAUCACCCCUCUGGAGGAGCUGUACAAGCGCUUCACUCUUCCAGAUAGUCCGCCCGAAUCCAUGGGCAGAGGAAGGGACUGGAACGUUGACCUCAUCCCCAAGUUUCUCAUGGCCAAUGGUCAGCUUGUGAAGAUGCUGCUAUACACAGAAGUGACACGGUACCUGGACUUUAAAGUGGUGGAGGGAAGCUUCGUCUACAAAGGAGGAAAGAUCUACAAGGUGCCGUCAACCGAGACUGAGGCACUAGCUUCAAAUCUGAUGGGAAUGUUCGAGAAGCGAAGGUUUCGGAAGUUCUUAGUCUUCGUGGCUAACUUUGAUGAGAAUGACCCCAAGACCUUUGAGGGCGUGGACCCCAAAACCACAACGAUGAGGGACGUUUACAAGAAAUUUGACCUCGGCCAGGAUGUCAUUGACUUCACUGGCCACGCCCUGGCGCUCUACAGGACGGACGACUACCUUGAUGUGCCCUGUUUGGACACCAUCAAUCGUAUCAAACUGUACAGCGAAUCGCUGGCACGGUACGGAAAGAGCCCUUACCUCUACCCUCUGUAUGGUCUGGGAGAGCUGCCGCAGGGAUUUGCCAGAUUGAGUGCAAUCUACGGAGGAACCUACAUGCUGAACAAACCAGUGGAGGAGAUAGUGAUGGAAGGUGGUCAUGUGAUUGGAGUGAAGUCUGAGGGCGAGGUGGCUCGUUGUAAGCAGCUUAUCUGUGACCCCAGCUACAUCCCGGACCGCGUCCGUAAGGCGGGUCAGGUGAUCCGUGUGAUCUGCAUCCUCAGCCACCCCAUCAAAAACACUAAUGACGCCAACUCCUGCCAGAUCAUCAUUCCUCAGAAUCAGGUUAACCGCAACUCAGACAUCUACGUGUGCAUGAUCUCCUAUGCUCACAACGUGGCUGCCCAGGGGAAGUACAUCGCCAUCGUCAGCACCACAGUGGAAACCAGCGAGCCAGAAGCUGAGAUCGAGCCGGCCCUGGAGCUGCUGGAGCCCAUAGACCAAAAGUUUGUGGCUAUUAGUGAUCUUUAUGAGCCCACAGAUGAUGGUACUGAGAGCCAGAUCUUUGCCUCAAGUUCCUACGAUGCCACCACUCACUUCGAGACCACCUGCAACGACAUCAAGGACAUCUACAAACGUAUGACUGGGAGCGACUUUGACUUUGAGAACAUGAAACGCAAACAGAACGACGUGUUUGGGGAGGAUGAGCAGUGA